GACAACUUGCAAAAUUGAUCGAACCAUUAAAUAUUAUUCCAAGUAAUAAAAUCGUAGAUUCAUAUAGAUUUCAAGCCUGCGAAAAAUCACCAUUACCAGAAUAUUAUGGUACUCCGAUUUAUGAUUUUAAAUGGGAUAUAAACGGCCGUGGACCGAAUAUAAGUAUUAGUGAAGACGGCUACACGAUCAGCACUACUGAAAAUAUGACUGAGCAUCAAAGUGUAAGAACAAAUUGUCUUAUGAGUAAUGGAACUUAUGAGUUUCAUGUUCUAUUCGAAAAAGUUUGUCUUAAUUCUUGG